ACUUAAGCUAAUAACUAACACUUAACUAAUAUAUUAACUCACUUUUUAUAAAUCAGUUUAUAGUUUAAGCAUCUAACACAGGUGAAACGUUUGUAGAACGUUUUUGUAGAACUGUUUUUAUCAAGUCUGAUUAGAAAAAAUACUAGUUUAACAGUGAUUUGUGCACAAUAGGUUCUAUGUAAUAUAUUUUUUUGUGUGUGCAAAAAUUAUGUUUCUUUCUCUCAUAUUGUUACUCGUCAGAUAAAAUAUGGUUUAUAAUAAAUGUUAGCUGAAAAAACGCAACCUAAAUGUGAAAUUACACACAUUUUGAACAUUGUGUGUUAAGCAGAUUUCCUAGCCAUGUUUGUGAUUGUUUCCUUGUGUAAUCUGUGAUUGCUGUGUGAAAUGUGUGUAUGGAGAGGAGUGUGUCAGCAGUGGGUGGAGUAACUCUCUCAGUCAGUCAGUAAAUGAGGAAAUCUGCACAGAGAUCUUGCAGAGAUGCCGUCAUUCAGACAUAUUCACAAACAUGAGGAGAACUGAAGACCAGAGAGAAGAAGAGAUGCAAACAUUCACCACAUUCAUGGAUGUACAGAAAGGAAGAAAGAAAAGAAGAUUUCCGAAGGCCAGAAAAUAAGACACGGCUCAAACUAAGAGAAGCACUAAAACAAUAAACAAAGACGGCGAAAAAAAACCUCCAACAAAAAACUGGUCUGACGAUGUGGACAGUUGUGGGUGUGAUCUGUCUCUCUCAGUGCAUUAUGGGUCAGGUGCUGGAGAUCAGGUCCAAAGGAGCCCAUCCUCAGUUGAUCUGCAGCAUCCCAGGUUUGCCAGGGGCACCAGGAAAGCCCGGCCCCCCUGGAGCUCGCGGGGAGGAUGGCCAUAUCGGAAUCCCGGGAAGAGAUGGAAGGGAUGGACGGAAAGGGGAAAAAGGAGUGAAAGGAGAUCCAGGGAUCAGAGGAAGAGUUGGCCCGACGGGAAGAAUCGGAGAGCGUGGAGAGCGUGGUUUCAUUGGAAAGCGAGGGCCUGAGGGUGAUCCAGGAGAUUUAGGGCCUCCUGGUCCUUUAGGGCAUCUCGGACACAAGGGGGACAAAGGCCAACGUGGCCCUCCAGGAGAACCCGGCAUCUGCAAAUGUGGAAGUUUGGUCCCCAAAUCCGCUUUCUCAGUAGGGAUCACUAGCAGCUACCCCACUGAGAAAGCACCUAUAAAGUUCAACAAAAUCCUCUUUAAUGAGGGUGGCCAUUACAACCCUGAGACAGGGAAAUUCAUCUGUGCCUAUCCAGGAAUUUACUACUUUUCUUAUGACAUCACUCUGGCUGACAAGCACCUGGCCAUUGGGCUGGUCCAGAACGGAGAGUACCGGAUAAAGACGUUUGAUGCCAACACCGGGAACCAUGACGUGGCGUCUGGCUCAACAGUGAUGUUUCUAAACCCGGAGGACGAGGUGUGGCUGGAGAUCUUCUACAAGGACCAGAAUGGCCUGUUUGCUGACCCCGGUUGGGCUGACAGUCUCUUCUCUGGAUUUUUAAUUUAUGCAGAUACAAACUAUAUGGAUACAUUGGCAGAAGACUACAGAUAGCGGAUACACUAAUAUCAGUAAAUGGUGCCACCUGUGACCAGUCCAUGCCUGACCAUGGAUUAGGAUGUUUUAUACAUCACCAACAGAACAUAAGACAUUAUUUACAAGCAGCGGCAUUGUAACUUGUAAAACAACUGUAGAUGUCUCAAGAACCCUGCAUUCUCUAUUGACCAAUUUCACACGGCCGCCAUUAUCAAAAGCGAAAUCGAGGCUGCGGUGGGAAGAAACCUGGAAGAAUCGUUGGGAGUUACUUAGAAACGUUGUUUUCCUGGCUGUAUAUCUUAUCAGCAAAGAGAAAGUGACACAAAUUGAUCAUUUCACCACUGUUUGAUUGACCCGAAGGUCCGUUCUGAAUGAAUGGUGAAAAUAAAAAGGGAUU